UGCUUUGGGAACGACAGCUGCUUUUUCUCUUUUAUUUAGAAAUUAGAGAAUGGCGGAGAGCAGCGGACGGCGGGAUUUUCAAAUGUUCAGCAGAACCGAAAAGACUAGGGCAACAAUUGCACAAUGUGCUUCUCUCGCCAUGGAACUUAAACGCAAGAAAGUCAGAGCGAGUACGGUCUUUCAAGACUUAGAUAGUAACAUUAGUGAAUCAGUGAUUGACAUCAAAUUAUUUACUCGAAAUGUUCAACUCAAACUAGAAUUUGGUGGUUAUACUUCUUCUGUUGAGCAGUUUACUUUUAAGAAACCUAGUAUUUAUACACCAGUAAUGCAUCCCUUACUUGAUGCUUUUACUAAAAUGGUAGAGGAUGAUUUACAUAAAUUAGACCAUGAAAAUAGACAGAGAAGAUGGUUUGGCAAUUUAUCUCCAAAAUUAAGGACUGCUUUGAAUAGACUUGGGAAUGACACUUCUAUUGUUUUGAGACCAGCAGAUAAGGGGGGACCAAUUGUAAUAAUGGACACAGUUCAGUAUGAACACAGUAUGGUUAAUAUGUUAAGUGAGACUAGAUUUUAUAGUUUAGUUCACUUAGAUGAGGUUAGACUUCGUGUAGAUAGGAUUUAUCGAAUGUCAUCUGAUAUUGGAAGCAAAGAACGUAAAGCAUGUAGAGGAAAGGUUGCUAUUUCAGAUAUCAGAAUACCAUUAAUGUGGAAAGACUGUGAUCACUUCAGCAACAAAGGAAGAUCUCAGCAGUUUGCUGUAUUUUGUAUGUUCAAGAUAGGAACAGAGAUCUGUGACACUGAGAUGGCAGUUGUCGAUAAAACUGUAACUGACAUCUGCUUUGACACUGUAGCAGUAUUCAAUGAAGCUGGACCAGAAUUUGAGUUGAAACUAGAGGUGUACAGCUGCUGUUUUGAUGAAGACUCUCCCAUGAUUAACACACCUAAGAAGCUGGUCAAAAAAUUGGGAGCUUCCCUUGGUAAAUCUUCUGGAAAGAAACUCGUGUCACAACUAGAUGGAGCAGAAGCAGAAUCAUUCUUUCUACCCAGCACCAUGGCAAGUGCUUCUAAAUAUCACCUCCUUGCACACACAACACUAUCACUGGAGUCUGUUGAAAGUGGCUUUCGAACACAUUCUCUUAACAUUCUGGGAAAUGAGGAAUCUUCAUUUUGGCUUCCCCUUUAUGGAAAUCUGUGUUGUCGUUUAGUUGCUCAACCAGUAUGUAUGACAGAAGAUGUGAUGGGUGGAUUUCUUGAUCAUCAAGAAAUGGUUGGAGAUUUGCUUACCUGGAGCACAUUUUAUUGUGUCCUGAGAGGUAGCAAUCUUUUGUGUUACUAUACUCCAGAAGAAAUUGAAGCCAAGGUGGAACCAGCGUUUAAAAUUCCAGUUAACAAGGAUACCAGGAUUCGAACUGCCAGCAAAGAUUUAAAUAAGCGAGCAAACAGCCUUUCAAUUGUCAAUCCAUUGGCAGACAAGGCUAUAACCCAUGUUUUUGCAGCUGCAGGCAAAGAUGAGCUUCAGAAAUGGAUGGAAGCAUUCUGGCAACAUUUCUAUGACUUCAGCCAGUGGAAACACUGCUGUAAUGAACUUAUGAAGAUUGAGAUGAUGUCGCCACGGAAACCACCUUUGUUCUUGACAAAAGAGGCAACAUCAGUCUACCAUGAUAUGAGUAUUGGAUCCCCCAUGAAAUGUGAAAGUUUAUGUGAUAUUAUCCACAACAAAAUGGAGGAAACUGAUGGACAGUUUCACAGUACUCAAGACAAAUCUGUAUCCCCUCAAUGGGAGGACUUGUUUGACAAAGUCCACUCAGUGGCUGUGCAAAAAACUAUUUUAUCACCAGAUGAAAGUAGUUAUGGAGGAAAAGCAAAGAAAAGAAGAGCCUCACUUCCACCGAGUGGCAAGACUAUGUACAGAACAGAAAUUCAAGCGAGCAUAAAUCAAGCUCAGAAAGAAAAUAUGUGCAAUAAUGUGGAUUCCAGUCUCAAAAUGUUCUCUUUUGAAAACAAGCUUACUUCCCUAAUGAGGCAGUUACAAAGGCCAGUGGUCACCCCUCAGGAAUCUGCUGUAAAGGGAAGCUCAGGUAACAGCAGUAACUCUCCACCUGCAUGUUCAGAGUUGGAGCUUCCAGGCAAGCCAAUACCUGCACAAAGACAAAGAAGGAAAUCAAUCAGAGAAAAGCUGAACCCUAAGUUAUGGCUUUCUUCUCACAUCUAGAAGCUAUAGCUGCAAGCCUGGGAUCAUAUUAUUGAUUAACAUUAUUAAACAUGUUGUAUUCUGUUUAGUACUGAUACUGGAAGAUCAUAGCAUAUAAUUUUAGCUCGAUUGUGAACUAGAAAUGCCUAUUCUGAUUUCUAAACAUCUUUUAAGCAUCAGUUUAAUAUCUGGAAUUUUAUAUCCAGAAGCUUUUUUGUGCAGCAAUUGACCUUUCACUGCCAAAUUCAGCUAUGAAGGUCUAGAUUUUCCGGUAGUCCUAAUCACACCUGGUAUACCUUCUGUCAUUAUUGCUGAUAAUAAUGAACAACACGCACACAUGAUUAAUCUUUGUAAUCGGCUAAAUAGGGCAUUACUAAGAGCUUAUUUAGUUUCUCACCAGUUUUUUAGUUCUUACGUUUUACUUUUUUUUUUAACCAUUCUUUUUUCAGUUUCAUUGUUACCAUUAUCUACAUCCACAAUCUAGACUAAAUAGUACUUCAAGUAAAGAGUUUAGGCAAAUUCUCUCAGAAGGUACUCAUGCCCAGUGGCUGCAGGGCAGUUGGUUAAAUGCAGCCUGCGAGAGUGCCACUUUGACCAUAUCAGCUUGGUUAUGAGACACUUUUUGUAAGGAAAAGUCAAGCAGAUGUUGACUGGUUAUGGUUCUUCUAAUUGAGUCACUGUUUAGUGAAUGGCAUUUGGAAGAGUCUAAUUAAAAUAUCAAACUGUUAAAAAGAUUUCUAGGUGGGGGUUGCACCUCUUGCAUGCAUUUUUUUUUUAAUAUAGCAAACUCCGAGGUAAAGAAAGCUUGAAGUUAAUUAUCAUAUUUUCUGCCACUUUGUUGAACCAAAACUGAUUUCACUUCAAGGUCACUUGAUCAGGAAACCACAUAUCUGCUGACCACUAUGAAGAAUAUGCUAUGUUGCUGUAUGUUCAGGUUCUUCUAGUUGAGACCAAAUUUUCCAAAAUAAAUGUCCUCCUUUAAGUAGGAGGAUCCUAAACCUCACUUAGACUUUCUUUAUGUUCUAGUUGGUGCCAUUCCAAGCACCAGGUCCCCUUGCCCAGUUGCCUCUGGUUCUUGAUUAUUUACUCAACCGUUAUUAGACCAGUCUGAGUUUAAUGCCCUUCUUGGCAUGUAUCUGUUCAGACUUGUAUAUUAACUGGAAUACUCACUGAAGAAAGCACCUACAAUCCCUUAUGUGCUGGGAGUUAGCCACAUCCUCUGCGGUUAUUGGAGUCCCGUCGGUGGACAAUGGAGAAGCCACUCUUGUCAGUUCUGGGAGAGGGAGCAGGGAAUGCUUCCAAGUUUUGUCAGAAUGUUGUGUCCAUCCCUGAGAAAGCUGCUGCUUACUUUAUUAACGUUGGUCACAUUUUUUUCCUGUCAAAAAGAAACAGAAAACUAAGCAUGUAUCUACUCCUCAAAUUUCAUUAGACAGGAGCAAUUCAUUAGGUCUGGCUCAGGGUUUA